AUGUUUCCUUCAGCAUGGCGAGGUCUCCUAUUCGCUUUCCUCGUGGUGCUAAAGACUGCUCAAGGUGCUACGAUCACUACUAAUGUGGAGGAUUGUGGCUGCGGAUUCUACGAUGAAAAUGCAGAUCUAUAUUUCACAGACUCAACAAUCGUCUAUUUCAAUGAAUCCAGCUCAAUUCCUUCAGAUUUCGUGGUUGAAGAAUUCGAACAUCGCUAUGACCGCGGUUGGAAUAAUAUGUACCGCAUGGGUGCGGCAGUGGACAAUGUCCAAAUCACCCGAGAUGUCACUGCUAAAAACCUCACAAGCUUGGAACUUUCUUGCCAUCCACCGGAGAAAGAGCAUCUUGUUGUUGGUUCGAGUAUACGUACUUCGCGCCAGGACAUCUUUUUCGGCUCCUUCCGCACCACUCUUCGACCUGCACGACAAUGGAGUCUAGGUUCUGUGAUCUCCAUGAAUCUAGUUCAUAAUCAGACCGAGAGCUGGCAGAUAGAUGUCAUGAACACCGACAACCGCAAUCAGUCUUGGGUCGAUAUGCUCAUGCGCGGGCAAUUUGCCAACACGUGGCUCGGCAGGAAUUUCACCAAUCUCACUGCAGAAGGCUUGAAUCCAUGGAUGUAUACCGAGUACCGUGUUGACUGGACUCGUGAUUCGAUCAACUAUUACAUUGGUGAUGUACUGAGAACGAGCUACAAUACUUCUGUCAAUUCCAGCAUACCAUCGACACCGGCACCGUUGAAGUUUCAGCAUUGGUCUACAGGAAACAAGUACACUUCCCAGGGUCCACCCAUUUCUACAAACCUGGCAAAUAUUGGGUAUACCAGGCUGUUCUUUAACUCUUCUACUUGGAACGAGACCACACGCACUGCUUAUGACCAGAGAUGCUCUACACAAAAAGCCUGCAACAUGAAUGAUCUAUCCUUGCGCGGGUCCUCACAUUUUGAGCCUGAAAGCUUAGAUCCUUGGAAACAGUAUCAGCCUCCGUACAGAAUCAGAUGGGCACCACUCAUUAUCGAUAUCGUUUUUGCCGCCGUCUUUUUGGUUCUUACUGGCAAAACUCUCUGGCGACGGUUCACCUGGCAUAAAUUGAUGAUCUUCCUGGGUGUUCAUGAACGAGAUCCUCCCAAGCCUAGAUCCUUUGAUGCACCACCUCCCUCAACUGCAUCUAUGGACCGAGACUCACAAACCAACCGUGACUCUGCCGAUACUGGAAGUAAUUCACCGGUAUCUCACAAUAAUGAGCACCCUAAUAUCCAUCGAAAUGAGUCGUUCAACACGUUGCCUCCAUACAAGGGCAGUCAGACUCCUCUUCCUCAAUAUCAAAGUCCCGCUGUCUCUCGUCGACCUUCAUUAUCAAACAUGGCUGGAAACUCCUUUGCUUAUCCGGUUAGCAUAAAUGGUACUAUUCAAGUUGAAUCGUCUCGAGUAACAUCUCGUGCUGCUUCCCGGGCACCUUCUCUGCACACCGGUUCUAUAGUGGACUAUUCUACCACUCCAGGCCAGGAGGUACAGGCAACCGGCGUUACGAAAGUUGAAGACAAUUCUGAGAAGAAUAAAGAAGUCGUCAAGACCGAGGCUGUUCCUGUCGCGAAAGAUGAACAGACAAAACCCGGCGAAGCCGGUAAAGAUGGCAAACCCGCGGCUGGUGCUGCUGCAGCUUCUGCAAAGCCACCCCGUGUCGACUACCUAGCAGGUUUUAUCUCUAUCAGUGCCCUUCUAGUGACGGUCAAUCACUUUGGUUUGACCUACUUCGGUGCUGUCAUUAUGCCCGGAAACUCUCCCCAUUAUCAAAGUGAGACCAUUGCCCGAAAGACGUUUGCCACCUACUUCCUUGACCCGCUCUGGAUUGGACCUUUCUUGAUGAUUUCGACUCGGUUCUUGUCAUCAAACUAUAUCCGUACCGGAAAGCUAGACAAUAUGGCUCAGAAAAUUGUUGCACGACCUUUCCGUCUAUUGACACCUGUUGCUUCCAUUGCGUUUUUGGAAUACUUCCUUAUGGAUGCUGGUGCGCUCAACUGGCUUGAAUAUCUCCCUUCCGUUACUUGGUCAGACUGGCCUUUUACAGCUAUUACUCUAAACCCGGGCACUUUCAUCUCGGAAAUCAUUCAGCUCGCUUUCCUGAUUCCGAACGCAGCUCCCAUGAUUACAACCAACUACAGCACUGGUGUACUAUGGACAAUUCCCGUACAGCUGCAGGGUGCAUGGCAAACUUUGCUUGGUCUAAUCAUGAUCCGACAGAUUAAGACACCCUGGAAGAGAUUUUCCUUUUAUUUUUUCUGCACAAUCAUGCACUGGUACGCUCUCUCAUGGGGCAGUUAUUACUACGUCGGUAUCCUCCUCGCGGAUCUAGACCUCACCUACAAAUACAAACAGAAAUGGCUCUACCCCAGACCAUGGUUAUAUUGGCCCGUUCUCAUUCUCAUGGCCUGUACAGCAAUUGGAGCUUUCAGUAUCGAUCUCGUUACACAGCAUAACGGAAUCAAUUACGCACAAAUCGAAUACGGAUGGCACCCAGACCCAAAGACAGGUAACAGUUUGGCCCAGGAAAACUCGGCCCCAUAUCCGGACUACUUUAUCCCUCGUCUGAACGCGUUUUUGGCGACGAUUACCAUGCAGGGCGUCGUCGAGAUUUCGCCAACAUUGCAAAAGAUGCUUUCUGUCAAAGUGUUGCAGUGGCUGUUCCCUCACAUUUUCAGUAUUUACCUGAUUCACGGUUUUGUUAUGUGGUCUGUUGGCUCAUGGGCUAUGAUUUCCAUGUUCUCACAUGGUUAUCCGUACUGGCUUUGUACAUUGGUUACUGCAAUUGUCUGCUAUGGCACCCUCUUCGCAGUGCUGCCCAUACUCACUCCACCUAUUGAAGCGCUCGGUAAGGGUUUCACUCAGAGACUAUGGCAGUUCGCUAGCUCAGAACCAGUUGAGCGAAAGCCGACUACUUAUCCAUUUGGAGAGGAGUUUUUGACUACGCGUGACCAGCUUGAGAAUUCUUCUAAGCCUGGAAGUUUGAAUGGCGUGUCGCCUUCGCCUGCUCCUUCGUCUUCAGGGGGUGUUACUGUUGUAAAUGAGAAAGACGUUAGUGGGAAGGGGAAGGAGGUUGACUUGACCGUGAGGGAGCUCAAGAAUGGGCGGAUCAUGGAACAUGUCAAUGAGUUUUAG